GGAAACCAAUCAGAGGUGUCUUGCGGGAUAAAUAAAUUAGUCUUUUUCUCCUUUUUUUGGAUUCAAAGAACAGGGACUAGGUUAGCUGGAUAAAAGACCCUUGGACUUAAGACGUUUCGAGUGUUAUGACCACGUCUUUAACAACGGUCGUGAUGUUUGGGAAUGUGGCAAAGCAACCCUUGUGUUGAGUGUGUCGAGAUUUGAAACAAACAGUUGGUAUGUUUACCGGAGUUGGUGAAUAACACUAAAAACACGUAACAGACAUGGAUGAAGGCGACCAAGUACCUCUUUUAGUAAAAGCAAAGAGCAUCGAAGAGAUACAUAAAGAAGAAAAUGAAACACACUCCUUCCAGGCAUUCUUCAACAUCUUCAAUGCGAACAUGGGGACAGGUAUAUUGGCCAUGCCGUAUGUUAUCCGUUUGACCGGUUACUGGGGAGUUGCUAUCGUUAUUUUGGUGGCACUACUCGGGAACUACACUGGAAAAAUUCUGAUCCACUGUCUGCACGAAAACACCCCAGAAGGCCAUUUUAACAAGUUUACUUAUGCCGAUCUCGGGGAAGCUUUCUGGCCCAAGUAUGGGCGACUUAUGGUGCAUAUAACGAACUUCUUCGAACAGUUCUCUCACUGUACACUGUUUCUUAUAAUGUGUGGCACUGUUAUGCACCAUACUUUCCCUGACAGUGGGAUUUCUGAGAGUUUGUGGAUCUGUAUUGUGUCAUUUGCCGUGGUGCCGUGCGCGUUUGUGCGAACCAUGAAGCAUAUCUCGCACAUCAGUAUUCUAACCGUAAUUGUGUCCAUGGGUUCGUCCACCUGUGUUCUUGGCUACAGUCUCUACCACCACGACGACUGGAAAACCCACAACCUCACCUCGUUCAACUUCAGGCAUAUGUCCAUAGCAAUGGGCAUCGUCACGGUGACUUUCUCCUCCACCGCCUAUCUGCCCGCCAUUGAGCGUUCCAUGAAGUACCCGGCUGAGUUCAAUGCGAUGAUGAACUUUACCUACACUCUGGUGACCAUUAUCAAGUACAACUACGGAAUCCUGGUCUAUUUCGCCUUCGGCAAGCACACAGAGCAGCUUAUGACCCUAAGCCUGCCUCUGGGACCCUUCAGAACUGCUCUGGACUUCCUGGUCAUAAUCACCGCCCUCCUGUUCUACGUGGUGCCGAUGUUCACCCUAUACGAUAUUUUCGAGAACCAGUUAGAUAUUCCUCUUUUGCGCAAAGUGGGGGAUCAACCACUAAAGUGUUACAAUGGCUGUACGCCUAAACUCGUGUUCAGGUUUGUGUUUGUCGUGUUGUCAAUGGUCGUGGCAAUCUUUGUCCCACAUUUUGGUCUCCUUAUGGCGUUUGUUGGUGGGUUUACCGGCUCGAUUCUCGUCUACAUCUUUCCAUGCAUGUUCCACGUGAAGCUACAUCAUAAGACGCUACCGUGGUAUUACAUCGCUUUGGAUGUGGCGAUUAUCGUGUUCGGUGCUGUUGCCUGUUUAUGCGGAGUGGUUUUCUCUGGUAUACAAAUUGCCAAGGAGUACGAUUUCUAUAAAAUGUGGGGUAUUGAGCCAGAUACAGAUUAAAACAAGCUUAUAGGAUGCAAUGAAAAUUAAGAUAUAUGGGGAAAUUCCAGUAUGGGUAUAAAACUAUUGACGCGCGUUAACUAAUAUUUGCGUUCAUAGAGUAUGAAUUGAACGUUCAAACACAUUACUUUGUAGUGUGGACGCAUUUUUUUAAUUUUUUUUUAGUAUCGAAUAGGAACAAAUAGGAAAAGAAUAAGUAUUGUGGCUAUACAUUAGAAUUUAUCCGGCAGGAAUUUGAAGCCUCAUUUUGUUAGACACGUUUCUCGAGGCUCCUCGCUGAUGAAAGAUUGUUUGAUGAAGCAAAAAAUAACGCACGCAUUUGAUAUUUCCGGGUUCAGUUUCCUUCCUGCAGUAGCAAAGCUUUUUUUGUCAUUUAUAUUUCAAGGAAUAACAUCCGUAAUGACGCCCAAUUCACACAAGGGAUUUUCCAAUAGAGACGCGAAAAGGGGGCGGUUGUCUACUUUGUUUCUCAAUGUGAACUUCCACCUUCACCACGUAAAGUGAACCCCUACUGAGUGAUUUAAUAGGAAGCUUUAAUUGCGAUUUUAAAAUCAAUAUUCCGGACUAAAAUUGUGUAUUCAAACAUUUACCAUUUUCUUAGCUUGCAGAAAAAGUUUACAUUCCUAAUCAAAAAAUAAUUUAAAAAAACACUGACUUUUUUCGUAUUAUAAAAUGCAUUUUUUAAAUAAGCAUAUUUCUUACGUAUGGAAAAUGGCUUGUUUUAACGAACUAUUACAUUUAGUGAUAUUGAGAGGGUUUGGUAUUCUAUUUUGCUUAUUGUUUGUAUAAAUUAAGGAAAAUAUCCAGAGAGAAGUAUGACCUAUUAUGACCAAUCAUAUAACCCAAACUUGUUCUUAAUCUCUCCUUAAUGUCCAACUUUAUUCUACGCCUAUUUCACAGGCUUUCAUCCACUUCAAAAUAACACAAACCGCAAACUUUUUCGAGUAGUUCCAAACAAUUAGCGCUAACCAAAUUAAGAACCCCUCUUGAAACUCUCGCAGAUGGAAAUGGCUUAGCUAUCCUAGAAGAACACAUAGAGUAUCCUACUUAGUAUAAUAGAAUUGCACGAUAAAAGCGGGAGUAAACAAAUAAGAAAGAUGCGCUACCUUCACCAAUCAUUUAAGACGGUUAUGAGUGUUGAGUUUACUUCAAUUCUAUUAAAACAAUGCUUGCCCGGUCCGAGACGGUGAUAUUUUUUUUUUUUUUUUUGAAUUACAAUUGCGAGUUAGCAAGAAUAGUCUUCACAGUCCUCACAAGUCCUCUUUCGUUUCAAAGUUCAAAGAGGAGCUCCAAAGAGAUGGUUUGUUAAUUUAAAUUUCCGUUGUUGUAAUUAUUACCCGUAACUUGCAGCUGGUUCUCCGAUAAAAAAGAAAGUGAUAAUGUGAAUGUUACAUUCUUUGAUUCGUUAAUGGCAAAACUAGAAAUCAUCCGUUAAAAAAGUAAAAGCAAUAGACAGCGAUGUCUGAUAAAAUAGACUCUGAUGUCUGAUGAAUAGCUUACUUAUCAUUUAGGUUAAAUAUUGUCCUGUGGUCCUUGUAAAAAACAAGCCAUCAUUUUCGACACUAACAAUUUCAUCAUCUACUAUACUGCAAACCAGUGCAAAACAAAAAGAAAAUAUAUUAAGGUCUAGCUUUGUGGGGUUUAUUGUAUUUACCCGUUAUGACGUUGUUAAUGUUUCCGUCAUUGGGCGAUGGCGUUUAUGCGAGGACGAUAUUGAUCUAAAAUAGCUCAUUUUUUGUUGAAAUGACUAAAUUCACCUACAGUGCCGUAGCAGGCUUUGAAAUAUGCCCCCCCCACAAUGCAGAAACAUUUAGAAAAUAUUGGCGACACAGCCUCGCCCCUACCGGUCAUUUCUUCGUAUUUUCUUUAAAUAUUAGGGGGGCACGUGCCCCCCCCCAGUACCCCCACCGCCUGCUACGGCCCUGACCUAGAUUUUGAAAUGGAAUAACAAUACCGUUAGUUUGGCUUAGCUUGAAGGUGAUAUAUCACUGUUUUAUGUCCCAUGUGUGAUAACGUCUAUUUAAGGGCGGCGGCUAUCCGGCUAGGUUGACGGAGAAGAAGGGUCGCAAAUAGAGAAAAGCAGUCAAUUGACGAAAGGUUACGUUCUUGGCUACUCAAUGAGUGUACGACUCUGUCGCGAUCGUGUGUUUGAGGAAUUUUCGAACAAGAUUGAACAGAGAAGCAGUACAAGUCCUGGCGUCCCUAACCCACUAAUCUGCUUUCGAAUUCUUCUAAACAAACACCUCGGUUAUCAUAGCAAGAUAAUGAAAUAAUCAGUUAGCAAAAACGCGGGACCAAACACUUGCGAGCCUUUCGCCAAUCGACAUGUUAGUUAAAUACAAAAUGGUUUGAGUUUAUGCAUCUAGCAUUUGCGCAAACCCGCAAUUUCUCUUGAUAACAGUAAACGAAAUAUGAAAAUAUUGCAUAGCUACGGGCCCGUAGCCAAGAUUUUGAGCGGAGGGUUCGUUUAACCAUAAAGCGGACCCCUUUCUCUUAGGUAGCUCGUCCUAGCUCGCAACGGUUCUCAAUUUUCCUUCAUGACAGCGGACCUUCCAGUCGAGUGGGGUGGUUCUUCCGAACCCCCAGAACCCCCCCUGGCUACGGGCCUGAGCUAUAUUAGUUGGGUCUUAUGUUGGGACUUGCGUUCGUGAAACACUAAAUCAAGACUUGUAAAUAAUGUACAGAACUGGAGGGAUAAAAGAAUCACUUUCGGAAAACGAACUGCAAUAUUGAAUAUAUAUAGCAUUCUCUCCAUUAGUUAGUGCCACAAAUUUAGUUAAGUUGCAAGCUGUAUAUAAGUUUAUUUAUUUAUCUAAUGAUUCUUCAGGAUAACAGUUUGUUAAAUACAGUCACGUGGUGGUUUGCAAGGGAACAAAUAAAGUAUUAAGUAAAACUAAAA